AUGGCAUCUACCCUCGAGAAGUUCAUUCAUUCUUUGGACCCCAGAACCCUUCCCAGGGUCCUACAAAUCCAGUCAGGCAUCUAUUUCCAAGGUUCCAUCUAUGAGAUGUUUGGAAAUGAAUGCUGCCUGUCAACAGGAGAAGUGAUUAAAGUUAUUGGCUUCAAAAUUAAUAAGCUCAUAGCAAGUAUCUGUGAGAAUAAUGAAGACAGCCAGUUUUCUGCCAAAGUGGAAUUACCUCUAAAUUUUCCUGGUCUUUAUAAGGUUGUGGCAGAUAAAACUCCAUAUAUCAGUAUUGAAGAAAUUACCAGAAAAGUUGCUAUUGGGUCAACAAGAUUUGGCCAUCCAUGCUUCUACAGCUCUGAGGAUAUAAAAUUGGCAAACCUCACUAUCAAACAUGGCGAGCAGAUCACCUUCAACUCUGUGGAAGAGGUAAAUGGAACAAUGGCUGUCAACUGCGGUGUGGUCAGAAACAACCAGUCUCAUUCCUUUACUUUGCCCCUUUCACAAGAAGGAAAAUUCUAUGAAUGCGAAGAUGAUCAAAUAUACACUCUGAAAGAGAUUGCGGAAUGGAAAAUCCCUAGGUGCAGAAACCGGAUUGUCAAACUUUCCAACACUUUACAUACGUGGGACUCCUCUAAUCCACUGCCAGAGAACUUUGAUGGCUGCUUGAUUCUAACACCUGUCUAUGAAGUGCAGGCAGUAAUGAAAUUUCGGAAGGACAUAGUUCAUAUCCUCUCUGAUCUGGACGUUGAGGUCAAGGAUAUAACAGACUGUUAUGAUAUUAGCUCUUUCCUUCAGCCACUGUCUUUGGAAGAUGUAUUUGAGAGAACAAGUAAGGAAUUUCCCAUGGUUGCUGAGAUAAUGGAGGGGCCUUUAGGAAGACAGAAACCUUAUAACUUAUUGCAUAUAGGGAAAGAGAUUGUCAUCCACAAAAAGUACCAGGCUACAAGAGUCCUAGCCUCCGAGAUCAGAAGUGACUCCCCCAAAAGACAUUUUUUAAUCCCUAUGACCUACAAAGGAAAAUUCAAGAGAAGACCUCGGGAGUUUCCAACUGCCUAUGACUUAGAGAUAGCAAGAAGUGAAAGGGAACAGCUUCAUGUUGUAGCAACUAAAGCCUUUGAUUCUCCUCAUACAGAGCUUUUCUCUGUAUCGGUUGGAGAUCAAUUUCUAGUUCAACAACGUCAGACUAGUGAAGUUCUGUAUGAGGGAAGAAAGAAAGUCAUAGACGUUUUAGCUUGUGAACAAAUACUAAGUGAUGCAUAUAAGGAAGUGCUCCUGCCUAUGUACAUGGAAGGUGGCUUUGUGGAAGUGAUUCAUGACAAAAAGCAGUACCAGCUUUCUGAGAUUUGCAAAGAAUUUCGUUUGCCUUUUAAUGUCAAAGUGUCCGUGAGGGACCUUUCCAUUAAGGAGGAUGUCUUGGCUGCUGUACCUGGUCUGCAGCUUGAAGAAGAAAUCACAGAUUCUUAUUUGCUGAUCAGUAGUGCCAGCAGUCCAGUAGAGAGCUGGGAGAUUCCCGUGUAUCGCUUAAACAUGUCAGUCCAUUUGCUCAGCAAGGAUGUCCAGACAGUCAUACCUCCCAUGACUAAGACAACAGUGGAAGAGAUCAGUGAAGAGGAAUACUAUAUGGUACGAAGAUUUGAAAACCAAACCCUACAUCCACCUCCCAGGCCACCCAAAAAGCCAGCAGUACUUGCACCAAAAACUGUUUCUGCAGUAUCUAAGCAAGUUACAUCCGAUGUACUACAGUCUACAAAGAAUUUCUGUGUAGACACCACCAAGAAAUCAUGUGCAAAUCAAGCUGCUGAUGCUUCAGAAUUACAAGUUAGCUGUCAAAAUGUUUUGGUGCAUCAUGACAAUGUGAAGGACAUGACUGGGAAACCUACAUUAGUACAAGCCGCUGUGAUUAAAGGUCUAACAAAUAACCCACUUGGAAAGUGGGAGGGUGAAAAGGAACAGGAAGAAGCGCACAACUAUGAGUAUGUGGAUGACAAUGUAAUUGAAAACAUAAGAAAAGUAUUUCAAGACACCACCACUAGAAAUAAGGACGUACUCUCUGAAGAUCGACGGUGA